GCUUGAAUGAGUAGUCAGGAGGAUAAAAGAGUAAGAAUCUCUCAAACGAUGGCUGAAAUCAUAGAAUUGAGGGCACAGCAGAUGAAUUGAGAGCGAGUCGAGUCUUCGUCGUCACCCACAGUUUCUGAGGGCUGAAGCUUCCACUGCGGGGGAGUGUUCCGAGCUUCUUCUCUCCCACCUCGGUUCUCACCACAAACCCUAGAAAAAUGUCGGGCGGCUUUUUCCGGGGUACGUCUGCGGACCAAGACACUCGUUUUUCGAACAAGCAAGCGAAGCUGCUGAAGACACAGAAGUUCCCUGCCGAACUAGACCAGUUGGUGGAUACGACAAAGGUGAAGAUGGAUGUUAUCAGGCCGUGGAUUGCUACGAGGGUGACUGAGCUUCUUGGGUUUGAAGAUGAAGUUCUUAUUAACUUCAUAUAUGGCCUUUUGGAUGGCAAGGAGGUAAAUGGGAAGGAAGUACAAAUACAACUCACUGGGUUCAUGGAAAAGAAUACUGUGAAGUUUAUGAAAGAGCUGUGGACACUGCUUAUCAGUGCCCAGAAGAAUGCCAGUGGUGUACCUCAACAAUUUUUGGAUGCCAAAGAAGAAGAAAUUAGGAAGAAGAAGGCAGAGACAGAUUUUCUCGCAAAUGAAAUUCAGAAAAAAAGAGAGAAGGAAAAUCGAGAAAUUGAGGAGCAGAUAUCAAAAAAGAUGGACGAUGGGGCUGAAAAGGUGGCCAAUGCUGCGUUGGAACCUACAAUUACAUCAAAGAAUAUGCGYUCAAGGGAUAUGAGAAAUCAUCCAGAGGAUGAGGAUGAGACUGAAAAGAGAAAUGGUGUUAGAGGAAGAAGCAGAGGCUCACCUUCAAGGUCUUUGAGCCAGCCAAUUUCUAAUUCUAGAAGUUAUUCAAAUGAUAGACAUAAAUCAAGGAGUAUGUCCAGAUCACCUCAACGUCGACGACCCUCUUUUUCACGUGGAAGGUUGAAUCAUUCCCCACCAAGAAGGUCUAUGAGUCCACGUCGUAGGGACCACCAUGAUUCAUUCUCUUCUCGACGUAGAUCGUCAUAUUCAAGGAGAAGAUCUAGAUCUACUUCACAUCGUAAAUCCCUCUCCCCAACAGUGCAUCAAUUGCGUUCUCCUUCUCAACAUAGUUCACCAUCUUCUCCUCAUAAAUCACCAUAUCGUUCAUCAUCACCUGUGCAACAUCGAUCAUCAUCACCGGUACGUCGUAGGUCGUUGUCACCUGUUAAGCAUAAUAGAGCACCAUCACCCAGGGGGCAUCGCAGGUCACAAUCACCAAUUAGACGUCGUCGAUCGCCUUCACCUAUUCAACGUCRUAGAUCACCAUCACCUAAAUGGCGUCGUCACCUUCUCCAACACGCUACCGCAGAUUGCCCUCACCUAUGAGACGCCACAAGUCUCGUUCUCCAAUUCGACGACCUAUGUCACCUUCCUCACCAGUACGGAGAAUUGAUAGGUCAUCACCACUUGGUCAUCGUAGAAUACCCUCACCAGUGCAACGUAGAUCUCCAUCAACCUCAUUGAGCAAAUCCCCUCCAUUGCCACAAAGGUCAUCUCCUACACAUCUCAAGAGAUCAAGUCCAUCUAGACAUAGAUCCAUUUCACCAUAUGAUCGGAGUUCAUCAGAGGAGCGGGAAAACCUCUCAACUGCAAAAAGAAAAUCUGCACAACAUCAGAGGAGGUCUCUCUCUCAAUCUCCCCGGGAUAGAACCAGAGAUGUUCAGACAUCUCCAGUGUCCCAACAACCUUCUAGAUCUAUGAGGUCGCCACAAGGAGAUGCUAGGGAACGGAAUAAUUCCAAUAACAGAGCUCGUUUGCCAUCACCGUCUCUGGAGAAGUCUCCAGCACUAUCUGAUUCUCCACCAGUUACAAGGAGUGUUAGUGAUGAUAGGAGGAGGUUAAGUUCUCCACGAUCAAGGGCAAAGCAACRUCGUCGCGACAAUCAUUCAACAAGGGCAGGGGAAGAAGAGACCACCUAUGCUAGGGAGGGUGGAAAUCUUGAAUMUAGGCCUUCACUGAAGAAAUCACUGAAUUCUACCGUUGUCGGUAAGAUGAAAGAUUCUCCAGGGGAUGUUAAAGUUCCCUCACCUGGAAGUGUAAAGCGUCCUCGAAAGGAGGUGCCUCCUAGUCCCRAUCAACAAAAAUCUUCAUCAUUACACAAAGAACCUUUACUAGUUGAGGAGCAGCAGCCAUCACAUUUAAGAGAAGGUAUUAAACAAGAUGAAAAAAGCUACUUGCGCUCAAGUAAGGCCAAGGAAACUGACUCUUUGAAAGUUGAAAAAGUUGAACAUAAUAAUCGGAGUGAGGCUUCAGAUUCUGAUUUGGAGGAAGGCUAUAAGCGUAAAACUGGGAGUAAGGAGAAGAAAAGGCAUAGAAGAUCAGACAGACGAGACACUUCUUCGGAUUCUGAAGACAGCUAUGAUACUGAAUUGGAGAGGAAGGAGGCGAGGAGGAGGAAGAAGGAGGAGAGGAGGCUGCGGAAGGAGAAGAAGCGCCAAAAACGUGAAGAACGCCGACGCAAAAAGGAAGAACGACGUGCAGAGAAGACAAAAGCAAAGAACCUCAGUGAUAGUUACUCAGAUGACGGUCGAGUUGCAAAGGACGAGCCUUAUCCCAGUGAUGGUCCAGAUGAGGCCGAGCACAGAAGACUCGAGGUUGAGUUAAGGAAGAAGGCGCUGGAAUCGUUCAAUGCAAAGAAAGGGACAAGGCCCUGAAUCUAUUUAUUCCGGAACAUAAUCCUGUGAAUCCGUUUCGGUAAGUAUCUUUCUCAAAUUUCAUAAUAGUCUGUACCAAACACAUCCAUUUCACAUGAGAGGUACUUUGUUCAAUCUGUAACUUCUCUUCCCUUUACGCCAUGCGGCUGAUUCGAUAAAAUGAUUAUUUCAUGGAUGUUCUUUAGAAUGCAAACWCUGCACAGAUCUUGCUAUUAGAAUCAGUAAUGUUUCCAUCGGAUGGAACAGCACAGUGGCCUCCUUUGAGCUUUACUUGAGCUUGUUUAUGUCUCUGUACUUGUUUUGGAUUUCUUUUAGGACAGCCCUACCUUGUAAGGCAGAUCAUCCAUAAACAUUGCAUGAUCCAUCAACUACUACUUAGAAAUGUUUAAAGUAGUUUAAUUUCUAUUUUGGUCAUUA